GAUAGAGCAGAGAGCAGGGGAAGAGACCCGACCAAAGAAGAUUUUCACCACUCAAACCCCCCACUGAUCAUUCACACAACAACGACCAGAAGCUUCUCUCUCUCUCGCUCGCACGCUCUCUCUCUCUCUCUCUUCACGACAUCAGCAGCAACAGGCCAAAGAGAGAAUCAACCCGAAAGAGGAAUCUGAACGACUGUCGGGGCGACAGUCUUUUCACGACCGACGAUCUGAAUUUCCGGCUCCUGCUGUUCAGUGACACGCUGAGCAAAAUGAAGGGCCCCCCUUUGAGACAGUUUCUAGUCUGAAGCAACUGGGGCUCUUCGUUUGAGGUGCUUCUUUUCAGUUCUUGAGUGGGGAUAAUUCUUUCAGGAGGUAGCUGAGGAACUCGAGGUCGUGGUGAAGAUUUCUGAUGCUGCAUGUUGCUUCCUCCCGGUGGGUUAGGGAUGAACUCCACCACAAUGGAUGAGAUGAACCUGAUCCAGCAGGCGCAAAGGCACCACCUUGUGGUCCGCAACAUUGGGGAGGAGAUUGACCUAGAGAUUGGGCCUGGAGACGACGACCCUUCCUCAUUCCCUGCUAGCUCCCUCCUCGGGCGGGAGGCAUCCUCUGAAGAUCCUGACGACAGCAAGAACAUGGUAAUGGGUGGGCCUCAGCAGCCAGCUGAAAAUAACCAGGAAACAUCCAAGGUCCAACCCCCCAAACGGAAGAAGAAAGUUGUGAAGCGAUGGAGAGAGGAGUGGGCAGAUACAUACAAGUGGGCCUACGUGGAUGUGAAGGAAGGGACUGCCAGGAUAUUUUGUUCAGUGUGCCGGGAAUAUGGAAGGAAACACAGGAGAAAUCCGUAUGGGAAUGAGGGAAGUCGGAACAUGCAGAUGAGCGCACUUGAGGAACACAACAAUAGCUUGCUCCACAAGGAGGCUCUUCGUCUUCAGAUGGCCUCGAAGGAUAAGAUUGUUGUCGAGAAACCAAUAAUUGUGAAAGCAAUCAUGUCAAAAACGGCUGGAUCAAUUAUUGAAGCCGCAAUAAAGAGGGAUCCACACGAGAUCGAGUUCAUGCAAUCAGUACAAGAGGCAGUGCAUGCAUUGGAAAAGGUCAUUGCGAAGAAUUCACAUUACGUCAGCAUAAUGGAGCGAUUGUUAGAACCUGAGCGUAUGCUCAUUUUUCGAGUUCCUUGGAUAGAUGACAGAGGUGAGACCCAUGUUAAUCGAGGUUUCCGGGUACAAUUUAAUCAGGCACUGGGGCCAUGCAGGGGCGGGAUCCGCUUCCAUCCCUCCAUGAACUUAAGCAUCUCCAAGUUUCUUGGCUUUGAGCAGACUUUAAAAAAUGCCUUAUCACCGUAUAAACUUGGAGGAGCUGCUGGUGGAAGUGACUUUGAUCCGAGAGGAAAAAGUGAUAACGAGAUCAUGAGAUUCUGCCAAAGUUUCAUGAAUGAGAUUCAUCGGUACUUGGGUCCAGAUAAGGACCUUCCCUCAGAGGAGAUGGGUGUGGGAACUCGAGAAAUGGGAUAUCUCUUUGGACAAUAUAGACGAGUUGCGAGCCAUUUUCAGGGAAGUUUUACAGGGCCAAGGAUAUUUUGGUCUGGCUCCAGCCUUCGAACCGAGGCUACUGGUUAUGGGCUGGUUUUCUUUGCACAGUUGAUGCUGGCCGAUAUGAAUAAAGAACUCAAGGGGCUCAGAUGCGCAGUAAGCGGUUCAGGAAAGAUUGCAUUGCAUGUUCUAGAUAAGCUUAUGGCUUAUGGUGCCAUUCCCAUCACUGUUUCAGACUCCAAGGGAUACUUGGUGGACGAAGAUGGGUUUGAUUACAUGAAAAUAACAUUCUUGAGGGACCUCAAAACUCAACAGAGAAGCUUGAGAGACUAUUCAAAAACUUACGCUCGGUCCAAGUAUUAUGAUGAAGCGAAACCUUGGAACGAGAGAUAUGAUGUUGCAUUCCCUUGUGCUUCCCACAAUGAAAUUGAUCAUUCCGAUGCCCUUCAUUUAGUGAAUUCGGGCUGCCGUCUACUUAUUGAAGGUUCGAACAUGCCAUGUACAGCUGAAGCCGUAGAAGUACUGAGGAAAGCUAACGUACUUGUGGCCCCUGCCAUGGCUGCUGGUGCUGGAGGGGUAAUUGCAGGAGAACUCGAGCUAAAUCACGAGUGUAAUUUAAUGAAUUGGUCCCCCGAGGAUUUCGAGUCUAAAUUACAAGAGGCCAUGAAGCAGAUAUAUCAGAGAGCCGUAAAAGCAGCCACUGAUUUUGGGUAUCAAAAGGAGAGUCCCGAGGCUCUGGUGCACGGGGCAGUCAUCUCGGCUUUCUUGACCCUCGCCCAGGCGAUGACUGAUCAAGGCUGUGUAUAGUAAGAGGACCCCAGAAUGCAUGCAAGGAAGAGUCAUUGCUAUUCCUCUUAUCAUUAUCCGCCUUCUUAACGAGUCUCGGAGGAGGCAUGUCUUAUUGAGUCUCAAAGGGGAGUGGGAAACGCAAACUCACACAUCUGCACUUCUGGGUAUGAGUUGAAGUAGUGUAGGUCUCUCUGUAUCAUACACAUGUAUUCAUAGACAGCAGCUUUCUUUGUUCUUUAUUUUUAUAUUUUUCUUUUUUCCAAUAUGAUUGGGAUAGGACACAGACCGGGUUGCCAUUGCCUGUCGGAAACGCUUUUGUUGUGGAUGAUAAUGUCUGAUCUGAUGCUGGAAUUUGUAACGCAAUCAGGAAUCUUAACUGUAAUGAGUUACUUGUAUACCAAAAUGUCACCUUUUGUGGAGGAUUUGUUUUC